GUUGAUGUCUGGGACGACCCACGAAGCCUGACCACUUUUCGAACAUUUCAUCAAUCAAAUGGCAACAACAAUGGGACUUUCGCUGAAACGUCUUUUCACGCAAGAUCAAGGUCGAAAGAAAUAAACGAUGGAUCACAGAAUAAUGUAAAUGGAGACGCCAUCGGUCUCCAGACAAAUGGAACAAUUCAGCAGAAUGGCAAAGCGCCCUUCAAGCUCGAUGCCAGAUUCCCCGACGGUUCUGCGCGAAACAACCUCGGAACUUCUUUUAUGAAACUGAAGACGAGCCCUAAAUUUGGCAAACUGGUCAAUCCUACUGUUACACCCCCUCUGAGCUUCGAGCAAAAGAUAAAAAAUAAUAAAUCUGGAGGUGGUGAUGAGGAAAUCAAAUCUUUGAGUGGUAGCACGCCGAGGAGCAAACAAGUUUUGACGUCUUUUGGAAGUGUUUUGAGCAACGGUGCUCUUCAAAAUAGCGGAGAACGUUGUUUCGAGAAAAAUCAUUCUAACUCUGUCAGUGAUGAUGGAUCACCAUUAGGAAAGAAUAAAAAUAAUUUGCCCACCGGAAAAGAACUUGAGAAAAAUGGUGGGACCACAGACGAAGAUUGUGUAGAAAUAUUUCUUGGUCCAUCUGACAAAAGAUUUGGAUUUUCUGUCGUAGGAGGUUGCGACGAAGGCUUUGGUCCCCGAAUUGAGAACAUAACUCCUG